CUCUGUUUGAUAAGCAACGGCUAUUGAUAAUGGGCUAUUUACUUACACAUUUAUAGUAGGUUAACUGGCUGCAUAAGUAAACGCCGGUAUACUGCGCGCUUAACAAGGUGUGUUGGUGUUACAAGAUCGACGAAAAAUGAAGAGUUCUGUAACAAUACUGUGUCUUCUGGCGCUACCUUCUAUGGUCAUAGCAGCCAAGAUAUUGUUCCUGGCGUAUCCAACUUUUAGUCAUUUACAAGGCAUGGCUAUUCUUGGUGAUUUUCUGAAUGAACGAGGACAUGAGGUAUGGAUGUCAGCCACAUCAAACUUAGAAGGGAAAUUAAAGUUAAAAUCUAGAAAUAUUAAAGCAACCCCUUUCUCGUCCGAAGAUAAACUUCUAGCAGCUAUGGAAAAUAUGACGAGCAAUGUUGAGUUCAGUCCAAGUGAAGUGUAUUUCAAAACUGGGAAAAGGAUCUUAUCCUUCGAGGAAUAUAAGUGGAUAUGCCAUGUUAUGCUAACAGAUGAAUUGUUUCUAUCGACAAUCAAAGAACAGAAAUUCGAUUUGGUCGUUCUGGAUAUAAUACCCGUAGUCACCAUGUUGAAUUUAAUUCCUUAUAAAUUUGAUAUUCCGUUUGUUUAUUUCGGCCCAGGUUACAUUCCAUAUCUUUACAGAAUCAUGUAUUCUCCGUCAUUUGUACCGUUUCCAAUUUUACCAAUGUCCGACCGCAUGAGCUUUUUGGAGCGAGUUGUUAAUACGAUCCUUCAGGGCGUCACUGUUUUAUAUGACCCUUUUAGCUAUUAUCGUGCCGCGGCUAUAUAUGUACCCGAGAAGCCUUAUAUAGAAGUGUAUGAUAUAAUUCUUAAAGCACAGUUAUAUAUUAUAGAACGUGAUGAUGUACUACUGCCACCAGUACCAACUAUGCCUAAUGUUAAACGAAUAAAUCCCAUAUCCUCCAUAAUUAAAGAUAAAAUCCCACAAGAAUAUUCGAUAUUCUUGGAUAGAUCUAAAAAUGGAGUCAUACUUGUGUCGUUUGGAAGCAUGGUACCUAACACUAAUAAUACAAUCUAUACCAAAUUAGUUACGGCUUUUAGGAAUACAAAAUAUGAUUUCAUUAUUAAAGGCGAUUUUGUUGAAGGUAAUGAGCGUAUGAUGGUGUCAAAGUGGAUACCUCAAAGAUCUUUAUUAUCGCAUAAAAACAUCAAAUUAUUCAUAACACAUUGUGGAGCAAACGGUAUUGGAGAGGCUAUCAGUAAUGGGGUACCUAUGUUAGGUUUUCCCAUAUUUGCAGAGCAACCCGCGAAUGCCCACAACAUGGCGGCGAGAGGAUAUGGUCUUUAUAUGGAAUUAUUUACAGCCCAAAGUGACGAAAUCUUAGUUAACAUUAAUGAAGUUAUUGAAAAUCCUUCUUAUAAAUCACACGUUUACAAAGCUUCACAGAUUCUAAAGGAAUUAAAUGAACGAAAUAAUUCAACGAAAGAAGCUACGUUUUGGAUUGAACAUGUGUUGAAAUUCGGAGAAGAUUAUAUGCGAUCAUCGAGUGUUGAUAUGCCGUUAUAUCAGUACUUGAUACUGGAUGUCCUAGCCUUUAUUUUAUUCGUUGUGUCGGUAGUUUUAGCUAUUUUGUUUUACUGUUUUAAAGUAUGUUACAAACGGGCGUGUGGACGCAAGAUGAAAUCAGAAUGAUUUCUUAAAUUCACCGGUUCCCUUUAGCUUUUAAACAGUGUAACAUAAACUAAUUGAAGAUAUAUAAUUUAUAAUGUAACAAAUAGUGUUAAUGUGUAUGUUGGUGUAUUAUGCCGUCAAGUUGUCGGUCCGAUGGUACGUCUGUCAACAAUUGGCUUGUAAAAGCUAUAGAGGCUACAGUGGUUGACGGAUUUUGGCCGACUUUGGUAUGAAGCAAUGUGGUCAAGUUUAAAACAAUGGUAUGGACAGGUAUCACCAACAUGUAUUAAUUACGUUUGUAAGACAUCACGUCAAUAUUAUUUGAUAAUAUGAUUGCCCGUUAAAUGAAGGCUACUAAUAUGUAUUAUACCUUGUGAAUGGUUAUUAAAUACGAAACUUGUUGUUAAUAACACCUUAGGCCGUUAUAAAUGAUCUCAGGUAUAAGUUAGACCGCUGGACAAGGUAGAAUGACGGUAUGUGACAAUGGAGGCAGACGUGAAUUAGGACGAUGGCUGUAAUGGCUACAAUCUGUUAUGGUAUGUUAUAUUCAUGUUGGCUGUAUUGGUUGUUAAAAUUAUACAUGUCAUGACUUUUAUGUUUGUUCCUGCAUUGUGAAAAUA